UUGCUGCUGUUGAGAUCAUGUUUCUUGAUCGCCUCCAUUCAUUGUACAGUUCAAAUUUUCUUUUGGGUUAGGUAAUUUGCUAGCUCUCAAAUUGCUAUAUACGUUGGAUUACGUUGAUUUUUAAAUCUUGUAGGAGCUGUAUAUUCUAUUGCCAGAUGUGGGAGGACUGGAUAAAUUGAUUAUUGGAUGCUUGAGCUGUAUUUCUUCAGAAAAACAAAAAGAAAAAAAAAAAAGAAAGUCAACUAUUCUAUUGUACGUUGCCUUAACUGUGGUGUUAGUGAGGAAUGAGGAUCACUCCAUAAACCCAAAUGGGUUUUCUUUAAUUCGUUUUGAUUUUUUCUCCUCCUUCAGUUUCUGUAAAUGAACAUCAUCGAAUUUGUUUGCUCAUUUAUUUGAUAGAAGAAGAGAGUUUCAGGGAUAUGAUGUUACAGGUCAUCUUCGAUGGAAAUUUCUUCCCUGUAUAUUUAAUCUGCUGCCCCUUUCCCCACGAUCUUGUCUCUCUGGCAUAAAAUUGCAAGAAAAUGUUGGUAAAGAGCUGACUUCGAUUUAAAAAAUAAAAAAAUAAAAAUUAGAGAAACCCUAUUUCAGAUCUUUUCAGGGAAAACUCAAUUCUGUUCUCGGCUAUGCGACAAUGGCGACGGUAAGACUCAUGCAAUUCUUAACGGCGUUAGUGGCGGCGCUAUUAGCGAGCUGCCUGCAGGCAUCCGCCGCGGCGGUGGCCGGAACGGCGCCGUUUAGGAUCCACACACUGUUCUCGGUUGAGUGCCAGGAUUACUUCGAUUGGCAAACUGUGGGCCUCGUGCAUAGCUUCCGGAAGGCCCGGCAGCCCGGCCCGAUCACUCGUCUGCUCAGUUGCACCGAGGAAGAGAAGAAGAAGUACAGAGGUUUCGACUUAGCUCCGACGUUUGAGGUCCCUUCAAUGAGCAGACACCCCAAGACUGGCGAUUGGUAUCCAGCCAUUAAUAAACCUGCUGGUGUAGUCCACUGGCUUAAACACAGCAAAGAUGCACAGAAUGUGGAUUGGGUUGUUAUUCUGGAUGCAGACAUGAUCAUCAGAGGUCCAAUUCUUCCAUGGGAGCUUGGAGCUGAGAGGGGAAGACCUGUUGCUGCAUAUUAUGGAUACUUGGUGGGAUGCGACAACAUUCUUGCGAAACUGCACACAAAGCAUCCCGAGCUAUGCGAUAAGGUUGGCGGGCUUUUAGCAAUGCAUAUCGAUGAUCUCCGAGCAUUGGCGCCUAUGUGGCUGUCGAAAACGGAAGAAGUUCGUGGAGAUAAAGAGCAUUGGCCUACUAAGUACACUGGAGAUAUAUACGGAACAGGGUGGAUCAGUGAAAUGUACGGAUACUCAUUUGGCGCUGCCGAGGUUGGGUUGCGCCACAAGAUAAAUGAUAACUUGAUGAUAUAUCCGGGAUAUGUUCCUCGGGAAGGCGUCGAGCCAAUUCUUAUGCAUUAUGGCUUGCCUUUUAGCGUCGGAAAUUGGUCGUUUAGUAAAUUAGAACAUCACGAAGACAGCGUCGUGUACGACUGCGGGCGUCUGUUUCCCGAGCCUCCUUAUCCUAGACAGGUGAAUGAAAUGGAGAAUGAUCCGAACAAAAAACGGGCGUUAUUUCUCAGCAUAGAGUGUAUGAAUACGCUGAAUGAAGGUCUGUGGUUGCAUCACACAGCGCGCGGUUGCCCCAAGCCGAAGUGGUCGAAGUACUUGAGCUUUUUAAAGGGCCAAACUUUUUCGGAACUUACUCAGCCGAAACGAGUGACUCCACAAAGCCUCAGGAUGAUGAACGAUGUUCAUAAGCAAGACAGUGACGAGCCGGAAAAGACAUUCCCGAAAAUACAUACAGUUUUCUCGACAGAGUGUUCCUCGUACUUUGAUUGGCAGACGAUCGGGCUCGUCCACAGUUUCUAUCAAAGCGGUCAGCCGGGAGGCAUCACGAGGCUUCUGAGCUGCACUGACGAGGACUUGAAGCAUUACAAAGGACAUGAUCUUGCUCCCACUCACUACGUCCCGUCGAUGAGCCGCCAUCCUUUAACCGGAGAUUGGUACCCGGCGAUUAAUAAACCUGCUGCGAUCGUGCACUGGCUUAAUCACGUAAAGAUCGAUGCAGAAUAUAUAGUGAUCCUCGAUGCGGAUAUGAUAAUGAAAGGUCCUAUUACGCCGUGGGAGUUCCACGCAGCUAAGGGAAGACCUGUCUCGGCUCCUUACGAAUACCUUAUUGGCUGCGACAAUGUGCUGGCCACGAUCCACACUCGCCAUCCCGAGGCUUGCAACAAGGUCGGAGGCGUGAUAAUAAUGCAUAUAACCGAUCUCAGGAGAUUGGCGUUGCUUUGGCUGCACAAAACCGAGGAAGUGCGCGCAGAUAUGGCGCAUUGGUCCACGAAUUUUACGGGAGAUGUUUACGAAUCCGGAUGGAUUAGCGAGAUGUACGGAUACUCCUUUGGCGCAGCAGAGCUGAAGCUAAAGCAUCUCAUAAACGAUGAGAUAAUGAUAUACCCUGGUUAUGUUCCGACGCCGGGCGUCAACUACAGAGUGUAUCACUAUGGCUUGGAAUUCAGUGUCGGCGACUGGAUCUUCGACAAAGCGAAAUGGAGAAAUUUCGACGUUGUGAACAAAUGUUGGGCUAUGUUUCCGAGCCCUCCUCAUUCAUCAUCACUCGAUCAGUCGAACAAGGAGUUCUUGAGUCGGGACUUGCUCAGCAUAGACUGCGUAAAUACGAUGAACGAGGCGCUGCGCCAGUACUACAGCCAGAAGAAAUGUCCCGAUCCCAAUAGCUUCUUACCAACUCCAACGAGGAUGACCUCCCGCGAUCCUCCUAGGUUGGAUUCACCGGGUGACGAGACCACCAUUGAAGUAACAGCUUCGAAGAAACUCGAGAAGGUCAAUCAGACUGAUGCCGAAAAUGAAUCCCGGGGAAUCUCUACACCGGAGGAGACGAACCAGACAUUCAGUUCGAUGAGAUUCUGGAUAGUUGGCCUUUGGGCGCUGUCAAUCGUCGGUUUUGUAGGAGCAAUGGCGAUGAUGAUUUUGCGGCGCCGAGGUAUGAGGAAGCGGGGUAAGACAUACAAGUCAAAACGACGAAACUCGAAUCCGGGAUUCUGGGAUCGAAACAAUCCUGAAGACUAGGAAUACAUACACACAUAUAUAUAUAUGUAUGUAUGUAUAAGAACAGCAACUGACACUUUUAUUUGCACCAUGAAAUAGUUUCAGAAACAGAGCAUAGGUUUGAAUCCAUACAGUGAAGAAGAAGGCAGACCUGCCACGAGUUCAUCUUCUUUCAGUUUUUUCUGUACUGUAUGUAUUAUGGCAUAAAGAAACCCAAAUUACAGUAAUAAGCACCAUUGAAAGCUUCAUUGUCAUUUGUCAAUGUCAUGUCUUCCAUGCACAAAAUGCAGUUAGCUGUAGCAGUGAAUAGUGAUGUAUCAACAAGAGGUAGUUGUGCAACCAACACUCUUCUUCCCCAAUUUUCUUAGCUUGAAGCAAAAUCGAGGGUC